AUGAAAGACAUCUUGGCCGAGACCUUUGAUGCAUUCUACCAUGGUGUUACUGUUAGGAUUCUAUUGUUCAACCGAUACAAGACUGUAAAACUAUACGACCCCCUGGAGAACAUGUUGGCCAGAGAAGGCAGAGCCUCCAAGGCCUGUCUAGCAUGUCGUAGGAGGAAAGUCCGAUGCAACGUGUCGAGCAGUGGUAUCCCCUGUGCAAACUGCGAAGGCGCAGGACUCACUUGUGCAGUGACGGAUGCAAGAAAGGCCAGAUACAAAGCCUCGGCCAAGGAGUUCAGAACCAUCCCCUCAGGCUUUCACGUCUUUGAUGCCAGGCCCAGUUCGCCGGAUAGACUGACGCCGCAGGAACCACAGGCAGUCAGCGAACCUGAUGACCAUGCACCACAAGAUCUAGAUGCAAAAAUCGACAACUUCUUGGCCACAGUUCCCGAGGCAUUGGAUACGCAAUUGACCAAGCAGUACAUGGUCACUAUUGGUGAAAACAACACUUUAAACAGCAGGCACUUCUUUCAAGAACAUCCCAUACCUGACAGAAUCCAUGGCUUAGGUCUGGCUCAUCAGUAUGGCUCUGCGCAGAGCUCGAAUUCUGAUCCUCGGCCAUGGAUGCCUCAAGCAGAAAAACGUCGAAUUAUGUUGCCACCCUACCUUUGUCCACUCCGAGAAGAACUCAACCAGGAUGACCUCGACUUUCUCCAUCACAAAGGAGCGCUCUCUGUGCCAAACAGUGCUUUACAAGGCCAACUCCUUGAGAAAUAUGUCUUGCAUGUCCACCCGUUUCUGCCACUGCUGGAUCUCGAAGAUUUCUACCAAGCCAUUUACGAUGAUGGCGAAUCGUUCCAAAUCCCUGUGAUAUUAUUCCAAGCUGUCAUGUUUUGCGCCGUCCCGUACGUCGACAUGGAACUCCUUAGAGUGGAGGGUCUUGAUGGCAGAGAGGAAGCGCGAGAGAAAUACUUCGAGAAGGUCCGGCUUCUGUUUGAUUUCAACAUUGAACUUGAUCCGAUGACUCUUAUCCGGGCAUUAGUCCUGAUGACUUGUUGGUACGACAACCCAGAGGACAUCAAAGGCCGAUGGCACUGGAUCAGGAUCGCUCUGUCUUAUGCCUACGAAAUAGGCUUGGAUCGAAGCUCAGAAGUGACGAGAUCGGUUCCGAAACAACAGAAAGCCAAGAAGCGGCUUUGGUGGUGUUGUUACAUGCGGGACAGAAUGAUAUCCCUCAAUGAGCGGCGGCCCACCAACAUUCGCGACCACGAAGCUGACAUCCCUAUUCUCACCUCCGAAGACUUUGAGACGCAUUAUUUCUGUGGCCUACUGCAACGCUACAACACACGCUUCCCAACCGUCCAAGCCACAGUCCUCAACGAAAUGUUUAUUCAGCUGAUUCGCCUGUGUAUCACUUUCGGACGAGUCCUGGAUAGGCUGUAUGCCCCUCAAGGCCAUCGAAGAUGGGCAUACGUCGAACCGAAAAUCGUACUGCUGUCAAAGACGGACGCUUCGGUCGCCGGGGAGGCAAUGACGCUUGAUCAGGAGCUUUGUCAGUGGAACCAGCGGUGCUCCUCGAACAUUCGACGACUAGUACACGACGACUCCUCGGCGCAGGACUGUGGCAUCGUCACCGUGCACCGGGCUCUUUUGGACCUUCUCUACCAGUCAAUGCGCAGUAUGGUGCACCGACCGCUGGCCUCCCAAGUCUGUCCAAAGGGAUCCGCUGCGACGGGGUUUCAGGUUUUUUCACGACAGAGGCUACGGGAAGCGGCACAGGAAAGCACAAUGACGGCUGAACGACUGCACGUUCAAGGUUUGCUUGACUAUCUUCCUCCAAUCGGGAUCACCACUUUGCUUUUUGCAGGUAUGCAACAUGUGAACGACAUGUGUUCGCGGGAUGAACAUCUUCACGAGGUUGCUACACACAACUUUCGACUCAUACUGACAUACCUCUAUCGGCUGAAAGGAGUUUACAGAUCGGCACGUCAUGCCAUUGGGUUACUGAGGAUUGUGCAUCAACGAAAGACGGUGGAGCCUUUUCCAAGUGAAGAAGAUGCAGCAGCGAGUGGGAAUCGACAGCCGCAAUCUGAAUCUUCUGGAACAAACCCGCGAAUCGGUAUCGUUGCUGAAGAAUUGGAACUCGACAAGGAGGAGGUUGGGCGUACUAAUUCCGACGAAGGCCAAGUGAGCCGUCCGAGUCACAUGAAAACCAACGCGUCGAAACCAGCCUUACUCGGAGGGAUUGAUACGCUGCCAUGGGAAUUUGAAGCAAACCUUGACGAUCUGUGGGAGUGGUACGGGUUUCCGGAAAGUCCACCUGAAACAUUCUUCGACUUUGAUCAGCUCCUUGAAGGAACAUCAUUGUCAACUACAUAG